GUGCUCCGAGCGACGAGAUGUGGCUACAUCUCUAUACAUCUCUAUACAUCUCUAUACAUCUGUGUUGGCGUGGCUGCUUUCAUCCUGAUGAGCAUGGCUGGCUACUGCUGCAUGAAGUGCAUAUUGUGCUGUAAUAACAGACUACAGUACAAUGUGAACAAUCCUGAAGGGACUGGGGGUGCCAGCGCUCCACCUGAGGAAGCAGGCAGAGCACCAGUAGAUCAACAGCAGAGAGGGCCAAUCAUUGCCAUGAUUAUACUCUGCCCUGCCACGGUGAAAUGCUUUACCGGAAGUGUUCCGUCCUCCAUACUAUGCAACAUUGCAACAAGUAGCCACAACUGGGUGUCCUGGGCCAUCUCACAUCUGAAGGUCAUGUUAAGUUUCUGGAUCAUAGGUAUGGUCGGGUGAAAGUCUUUCCAAACCAGGGCUCAGAGGGGAACUAAUCCAUCUGCAUCGAUGAGCUUCAAAACUCUGACCUGGGGUGUUAUCCCUGUAAGCAGGGACAUAACUGACUUCAAGUGGAGCUAGUUGCUGAAAGAGAUAAGAUGAUUUCUGUUUGAUAGCAGCAGCCUGUGCAGAAACAUUUGACCUCCUUCCUUUCCUUGGUCACAAACCUCAUGGGCCAAACACACGAGAGAGGACAAAUGAGUUUCCUGUGAAAUGCAUCUUUAUAAAACCACAACUUAUCAUGUAGGCGCUCUGAGCGAAGAGAUGAGGCUACUGAUAUACAUCUGUGUUGGCGUGGCAUUUUAGUGUUCCAGGUGGUCAAGGUUAAGCUAAUUUAAACACAAAAGCAAAAUCAAUAAAGAAAAAUGAAAUAACUAAAAGAUAGAUGAAGCACCUUAUGCUACAGCACUGCAAAGGGGUUGUUAGAGACACAGUGAACCUGCAGUUUCUCGCUUUGCCUGAACAUUUCCAUUGACCUUCACAUGUUUCUUUACCCUUUUUUCAGAACCGUAAACAGGAAGUGGUCUGGAGGUGAGAGCCAUUUCAGGCUUUGUUCUCGCAAACAUCUACAUUUUUAUUGUGUAAAAUAUAUUUAUUAUUAUAUUUAUAUUUAUUUAUUUAUUGAUCUGAAUUUAAUGUUUGACAUGAUCGCCAUACAGUUUGAGAAAAACCUGUUGUGUCAAACAUUUAGGCUGUUGUUCAGGUGAAACUGAAAGACGCCGAAGCACUUCCGUAGAUAACUAAAUGCACUGUGAUGGUCUUGUGGUUUUGUCCCAUAAUGCUUUGAGAGAGGGGUUAGCAUACAGCAUUACCACAGUGUUGCUCACACUGUACAAGGAGCUGACGAUGAAUGCUGACAAGUGGAUUUUCCUUUUAGCCCUGUGCUUUAUUUGUGUCUCUUCAAAUGAAGAGCCGUACUUGGACAACGCUUGUGAGCAGAAUUUGGAUGGUUGUAAUGAGAUGCACACACUCAGCGCUUCACUUGGCUCCUCUGUGCUCCUCCCAUGCAACUUUACAACAAGAAACCUCAACUGGGUGUCCUGGGCCCACACUAAUAGGGUGGACGUGGUCCAUCUCACAUCUGACGGUCGUAUUAAGUUCAUGGACCACAGGUACGGUCGGGUGAAAGCCUUUCCAAACCAGGGCUCAGAGGGGAACUACUCCAUCGGCAUCGAUGAUCUUCAAAACUCUGACCUGGGGUGUUAUUGCUGUAAGCAGGGACAUGUCUGUCUUCAAGUGGAGUUGGUUGCUGAAAGUAACCCCGAAGAAGGUGCUCCGAUCGACUUGAUGUGGCUACUGAUAUACAUAUGUGUUGGCGUGGCUGCUUUCAUCCUGCUGAGCAUGGCUGGCUACUGCUGCAUGAAGUGCAUAUGUGAGUACUCGCCCAGUCUGGCACUCUCAAAAGAAAAGUGUGUGGUUUGCUACUUCAUUUCAUGGAUAGAUGGAUUGGUUGGUUAUUUAAAAAAACUUUUUAUUUCAGUGUGCUGUAAUAACAGACUACAGUACAAUGUGAACAAUCCUGAAGAGACUGGGGGUGCCAGCGCUCCACCUGAGGAAGCAGGCAGAGCACCAGUAGAUCAACAGCAGAGAGGAGCGGGCAAUGAUGAUCUUGUUUAUGAAAAUGAUGACCAAGACCCCAGAUCCAACCAGCAGGAUGAUGCCACCAGAAACUAUUGCAAUCCAUUAGACGAAGUUCAGCCUGAUCCGGACCCAACUCAACCCACUCAAAGCUCCAGUGGGAUUUAUCCAAACUUGCACCAGUUUGAGAGGACAGAAAGUCGGAGAACAAAACAGAGUUUUCAUAUAGAACUCUUCAGCAGAUUACGGCAAGCAAGUCUCAGUCGGCAUUAUUAUGUUAACCAAGGGGAACUCAGAAAGCAACAAGCCGCGUCAACUCAGACGGAUAAUCCUCGCAGAGCAGGUUUGGGGAAGAAGAUGAAGAAGAAGAAAGUCAAAGAAAAUGGUGAAUACAAAAACCCGAUUUACAACCGGAGCACGGACCACCUCAACCGCCUGUAGAGAACCACGGAGGGUUUAAACAGCUGUUGAGAUAUUCUUUCAGUAUCAACAUCCUAUCCAAUGAUAGUUAUUGAUUAUUCAUUUACAUUUUAAACAUGAUGCAUGUCUUAUUGUAUUUGUUUGUUGUGUAACUGGACUGUAUUUCCAGUACAUCUAUUAGACAAUGAGUGAUUUCUGUUUGGUAAAGUUCAUCAAAUAAAGAUCUUCAAAUCAA